AACCCUCUGAGCGGGAAACUCUGAAAGUCUUCUUCUCUCUCGCUCGUCUCCUUGGUCCCAUGGAGGCUGACAGCGAAAGAUUUUCCAUGAGAGAGUACACGCGUAACGUUAGGAGUGUUGAUAUCCGGAAAUGCUGUCCCUUCCCCGGUGAGUUCACCGGAGAAUUUAUUCAGUCGCUGCUUCCUCCGUUAACUGUAUCUAAGUUCCGUUGGUGGUCUCAUGAGUUAAUCUCGCUGCAUGAUCCCAAACCGGCUUUUCGACAGACGGCCAAUGCAGAAGAGUCUAGACAGUGUAAGAAACGCUCCAUCGGUGAAACGACGACGAAUGAUCAUCUUGUGUUGCAUAAGAAGAAUAUUAAAACCAAGAAGCUAGAGGAUUACAAGGUUUAUAACUGCGAAGAGCAAGCUCGAGAAAGAGCUAAAGGUGAUGGGGGAUGCAGUCUUGGGAUCAAAGAAAGACCUGGUGUUAUGUCUCCUAGUAUUAACAAGGUUGGAGUGCGAUGCUUAUCUUACACAGAGGAAGAACUGUUUCCAGAUUCUCCCAGAUUAGUCAGUCAAGAUUGUGAUUCUGAGUUUCAGACUCCUAGAACUUUGAAGGUAGCUAAAAGGAAAAUUUGCUCGGUGAGGAGUCUUGAUAAGUCGAGUAUUGAUGCUCCUCAGUGCGAGAGGCAAGUCAGAUUCUCUUUACAACUCUGCUGCUCGCAGAUGAAUCGGUUAAGCCUAUGUUCUGCGGCAGAGGAUCAACCUCCUAAGGUUUUGUCAAACGAUAAGACCAGUGAAGAUAUGCUGGUAGAAUCCAGGAAACUUGAUCAUGCUCGAGCAAAAUCUGGCCUGUCGUGUUUACCUGGACCACAUCUCUCACUGGAAAGAAUUAAAGAUGCAUUGGAUUUGGAGAGAAAGAGGCGUGUGGCUCAACCUAACCAAUCAUCUAUCUCUAUUUUGAGUGAGAUCCAUUACAGAAGUUGUUCGUCUUCCUUCUCUCAACCUGUAUCAUUGCUGAACCAAUCACCUUUUGAUCCACUUCUUGUAGAAGAGGCCAUCUUAGACUUACCUCUUAAUUUACAAGGUGAAUUGGUUGAAGCAAAUUGUUCCUCUAGAUCUGCAGCUGUGGAAAAUGAUGUUUUACAGAGUAAUUUAGUGGACUUAUCCAGUGGAAGGAAACAUUCAGCUGAGCCAGAACUUGCCAUAGAUGUAGGAAGGCCCCCUGUGUAUAAUGAGAAACAAUAUAAGUACUAUCCAGCUAGGCUAGGCCUUGAUGAGACCUUCACCGAGAAUGCGUUUUUCAUUUCAGACACUAAUGAUGGAGAGUGUAGCCACACAAUCAAUCUGCCAAAGCAGGAAGCUCUGUGUCAGAAGUUAGGUAGCAGGGAUAUGGUUGCAACGCCUGAUGGUUUGUGUUUAUAUAACACUCAGUCAACAAUGCGGCUGAUGGGUAAGGAUGUUUCUCUUGGCACAAGUUACUCAGAUAUGGUUACAAGGGGCGAGAGGAUCAUACCAUCAGAUCCUUCUAUAGAUUAUUCCUUUCUGGGGAGCUAUGCUCACCAGAGCUGGUUAUGGCGAACGACAACACUUGGAGAAAAUCACACAACCACCUCACUAGAUAAGUCUUGGAACACAACUUUGUUGUGUGAUACUUCAAAGGAUCACUUUCCUAUGUUUUGUGAACCACCCCAAGUCAGAACAUAUGUUGUUCCUGAUUCAGAAUUGCCUCCCACAGUCAUGUAUCCUUGUGGCUCACUCGUGUCUUGUCCACUGACUGAUAAGGAUCUCUACUUCCAUGAAUCUGGUUUAGGACAGCAGCUAAACAGUGUCACAUUCAGCCACGAACAACUACCUUUUCUACCCGAAAUUGGUGGUCUGCCUUCUGCUUACAGAAAUAAUGGUGUUGUUGGUCUCUUACCUGAUGUUAGAGAACCAUCUUUCGGUUUUCCUUUUACUUCUACUACACAAUCACAGCUUCAUUGGCCACAAAGUUCCUUUGAGAGCUCUCGUUUUGAUACGUCUUCUAUCAAUCCAUCUGAACAAUUAGUGUCCUUAUAUGGGUCCAAGUCAUCAUCUUCUUACAUAAAGGUUGGGAAAAGCUCAACUAGUGUCUCGUUUUGAUAUGUAGCUAGGCUUGUCUACUGUGAUGUUGAUUGUAUAUUGUUGGGGACUUUGAUGUUAACAGUCUUUUACAUUUCAUCGACCAUAACUAUCAAUCCAUUGAUCGAAACACAUUUGGUUUUGAUCAGUAGUGAUCAGUUUCUUUCACCAAGGCUUAAAUUUAGAGAUUUCGCCCACUAAUGAUUUUUAACGUGCAACUAAUAUAGAAAUUAAUACUAAAGAUAUUAGCUGGUAAAAGUAACCAAAUUUUUCUCCAGCAAAGACCAAGCAAAACAUGAUCCCUUCCAACGGUUUGAAAUGACUUGGCACAAUUUAAGAUAUUUUUUAACCAAACGAAUAUAGUUAUAUAUAUAUGUAUAUAUAUGUGUGUGUACGUAAAUGCAAUUAGUAAUCACAAGGAAAGUGAUGGAGGUAUGGAGGUAUGGAGCAAAAAGAGUUUGUAUUUGUAAAACAAAAUAGUUAAUGUGAACUGUGGAAAGGUUUGUGGAUGAUUAUGACUAUACGUAUGAUUAGCACUACAAGAAAUAUGUGCAUUCUUAGCACACGAUAAACGUUAUGAUAAAGCUUUCAUAGCGAAACUUGAAAUGCUAUGUCAUCGGCAGCCAUCAUAGGUACUCCCUCUACGAUAACAUUUUUUUAAAUGCUAUGAAUUGUGCAGAUAUGAUAGCAAUACUUGAAUGAUAUUAUUAACUUAAACAUAACACUAUUUUUUUGUUACAAAUUGAUUACGAUUUAUAUAUUAUAGAUCUUUCUGCAAUAAACUAAAAUUAAAUAUAAUUUAAAAUAAAAUAAUUCAUUAUUAAACCGAAAAUUGCUUUAUAAGGAAAUUAAAAUAAAUUUUAUUUAUAUAUUAAAAUUGGUUUACAAAUUAAUUCCGGUUUACAAAACUAACCAGAAAUUAUAACAUAAACUCAGACCACUACAAUUUUUCUAACCCGGUUUAUAC